AUGAAUGUUGGCUCGCUUCCGCCAAACAGAUCAGACGAUUCGCCAGCCAUUUCUAGCCCAGUCAGUACUAGACUCUUGAUGCGCCAUCACUUGGUCCGGCCUAUUUCUAAGUCGUCUGUCGACCCACUCAUAAACAGCGAGCUCCAAGAGCCAGGAGCUCCUUUGGUGGUGGCAAAGACAGAUCUGGAUAACAAGUCGGCUUUUAAUGAUAUAAUAAUGCGCAUGGGUACAGGCGGUGAAUCGACUGAUGGAAGUACCUCUGAUUCAAGUAAGUUUUAUCUAGGUUUUUGUGUUCGUUUGCAUGUACUUGCAUUUCGUAUCUCAUAUGAGUAUAAUAGUCAUAUGAGGUCACUGACUUUCUGA